AAAUCUAUGCUGUGUUCUCACAGCCAGCCCACCCAGGUUUGUUUCUGUGGAGGAGCUGAUGGAGACUGCUAAAGGGAUGACCAACAUGGCUUUAGCUCAUGAAAUCAUGGUCAAUCAGGACUUGCAGUUCAAGCCAACAAAGCUUCCUGAAGGAAGUUUGGAGCGCCGGGUGAAGGAGACCAUGCACCAAGCCUUCUGGGACUGUUUGGAGGAUCAGCUGAAAGAGGAUCCUCCAUCAUACCAACAUGCCAUCAAACUUCUGGGAGAGAUUAAAGAGGUGAGGAUUGGUCCAUUUAGCUCAAUAAAGGGAUAUUUUAACUAAGAUCAUGUAAAAGCU